AUGGGUGGGGGGGGUUGGCUGCGGCUGCUGCUCUCUCUUGGCCACCUUUGGGCUCCCGGCCUGAGGGAGAGGGUGCUGGGCACCCUGGGCAAGGCCACCAGGCUGAGGAUCCCCCUGGAGCUGCAGCAGCUGAGCCUGAGCUUCGGGGAGGCCACCUGGAAGCGGGACACGGGGGACCCCCGGCGCAAGGAGGUGCUGCUGCGCUACGCCGGGGGCCGGCCCCACAACUACCUGCAGGGCAGGGCUCAGUUCCACAGCAGAGACUUCUCCCUGGAGCUCCUCAACACCAGCAGGCAGGAUGGGCAGCUCUACGAGUAUGCCACCAGCAGGGGCCAGCAGGAGGAGGUCUGGCAGAUCCAGCUGGAGGUCUACGAGCCUGUGUCCCAGCCCAGCAUCGAGGUCCUGAGCCGGGCGCCGGCCAACGGCAGCUGCAGCCUGACCCUGAACUGCUCGGCGCGGGGGGACAGCGUCUCCUACGGCUGGGCCUGCACCCCCCCGGGGCUCUGCACCCCCCCGGGGCUCUGCUCCCCCCGGGGCAGCCUCCUGCACCUCUCCUACCCCCAGCACAACUCCAGCCUCAGCUGCUCCUGCAGGGCCACCAACCCUGUCAGCAGCCUCCGCGUCAGCUUCAGCGCCUCCAGCUGCGCCCAGGAGCCGGCAGGCAGGCAGCAGCAGGACCCCUGCCUGACCCCCCCAGAGGACAGCGUGGGUCACACCAUCUACUCCCAGGUGCAGCGCCCAGAGAAGCAGAGAGGUCUCCCCCCGGCCAAGCUCCCCUCCUGCACCACCAUCUACGCUGCAGCCACCGGGCAGCCCCUGGCCACAGCCCUCCCCCCCCGAAGCCCCAGCAAGGAGCCCACCACAGUCUAUGCCAGCGUGAUGCUGCCCAAGGCUUGA